CAAAUGCUCUGUCGGCAGGCAUACACAGCCCCAGCAAACGCUGUAGGCAGGUCACCAACCACCUAGUGUUUGAGGGCAAGGGCUGAACCUUCCUGUUCCCGUUGCUAGCAUAUCAAUCUGUUACGUUCCCCGCUAGGUCAAGAAGCAGAACAGUCGUGAGCAGCACAGGCACAACUAGCUAAGUUAGUACUAACUAGGGUUUGGAGAGAGCCGUCCCCUGCCGUUUUUUAGUUGGAGCGAUCACUCUCUCAAGCUCCGGGCCGGAGUCCGCGUCGACCCCGCGCGAUUACGCCUGAUCCCCGCUGCUUCCCCCUCCAGCGCGUGUCGGGAGGUCUCCGACGCCAGCCCACCAUCUCACGCGGUCCCCUCCCCGGGGCCCCCUCCCCAUCCCCCUCCCCCUCCGCCCCCGUCAUGGCGCCGCGCCGCACUCCGCACUCCCCGCGGCUCGGUGCGCUGCAGCCACUCCUGCUGGUGCUGCUGGUGCUACCUUCAAUGCUGCCCGGCUGUUUGCCGCAAGAGAUUGUGCCCAUCCCUGGCUUCGGCACUCCAGAAAAAAUUGCCAUGGCUGAGAAAGCUGCUCUCCUGGCGUUUGCUGCGGCGUUCAGAAACCACCCAAUCUUCGGGCAGUACGGAGGCUGGGCCAACGUGUCCCUGGGCAUGUCGUACGAGACCUCCAGGCCGUGCGUGCAGUUCUGGAAGUGGAUCACGUGCGACGAGGAGGGGCGAGUCAACAGCAUCGACAUGGACAACGCAGCAAUGGUGGCACUCAACCCCGCCUUUGCCCGGGGGCGCAAGCCCGGGCCGCUCAAAGGAGUCAUUCCGUGGCGCCAGAUGAGGGCGCUGGGUAACCUACAGCUCCUGAGGGUGGUGGGGAACGAUGUGUCAGGGCCCGUGCUGCCUGGCAUCAUCUUCCGAUUCCCCAAGCUCAAAGAGAUCAUGUUCCUGGACAACAAGAUGGUCGGCCCUAUGCCUAACACCGUCUCAGCUUUGAAGUCCCUGCAAAAGCUCGAUGUGAGCAUGAAUCGCAUCACGGGGGCCAUUCCUCCCGGCAUUGCCACUCUCACCAGCCUAACUUGGCUCGCCCUGUCCCAGAACCGCAUGUCCGGGGUGCUACCGGCCGCACUCGGCAACUUGAGGCAGCUCAGGAAACUGGAUCUCGGGGGGAACGGGUUUCGAGGGCCCAUGCCACCGAGCUGGGGCGCACUCAAGAGGCUCGAGCUGAUCAAUCUGCAGAAGCUGAAUCUGGGCGGGCCAGUGCCAGCAGCUUGGCUGGGCAUGGUGUCGAUGAAGCACUUCGUUGCGCCCGCUGCUCGCAUCCGAGGCCGCUUCCCAUCGGGCCUGCUCAGGCUCAGUCAGAUCUCAGACAUCAUCCUGUACAACAACCGCUUGUGGGGCCCGCUGCCUCCUGCCAGGCAACUCUUCGCUCCCCACACCCUCACUCAGCUCGACGUGCGUGGCAAUUACCUCAAUGGCUCCGUGCCCAAGGUUCCUGCUGGCCGCCUGAUUGACUUCAAGUAUUUCUCCAACUGCUUCCUGCCAAAGCCAAGCCCCAAAUGCACGCGCUCCUAGCCCUCCCCUGUCUUAGCGGGAAUAAAAGAGGAAGUGGGAUAUGGAGGGUUUUAUAUGUCUAGGCACAGAAUAAAAUGUAGAUGCGUGGCGAAUGCAUGGUGAAUGUGUACGAGGAAGGUUGUGUUCCAACAGCCCCUUAUCAGACUCACCAUUUGGUGACAGAUUUUGACGAUUUUGUGUAGCAAUCACUGUGCGGAAUGUGUUGAGAUAUGUCUGAGGUGUUCAGCGCUAAUAAUGCAGAGGUAUUCUUGUCUUAGAGCGUGUUCCUACUUGUCAACUUAUAUAUUUUAUAUAUAUAAUUGUGUAGGCUUGUUAGGUGUUUCUACAAAUGACUGGAU